AUGAAAGGCGGAUUAUUGAAUUUUUGGGCAGACAAUAUUAAACCACCAGCAUCUCCAAGAAACAAUACAUCUGCUGAACAAACGUCCAUUUCUCCGUCGUCUCCGAAACCAUCUUCCGAUGUUGUUACUUCCUCAUCUUCGUCAUCCACAUCGGCAGUCAGUCCAGAAAAACAACAAGAAACACUCGGAAAAAACAUUCAUCAACUAAAACAGGAUCAACAGCGUUUAAGAAAUAAUCGUUCUGCAUUAAAAUCUGCUUUAAACAAAAUUGUGGAAGAUCAUCCAGACGUUGCUCAAACUGUGAAACGAUUUCGUCGAGAUGAACCACAUAGACCUCCGUUACAAGCUGAUCAAACGGCAUUACAUCAAACGAUAUUGGAAAUAACAACACCGCAUGCGUCAGCCGAUGAUCGUCGACGAACAGAAACAUUAUGUAUCUUAAAACAUUAG